GGCUGUCCGAAAGCCCAAGAGCAUUCGCGUUGUGUAUUUUGCGAAGACAUUGCUGUGCAUGACAGGAGGCAGACGUUAUUUGUUGACCAUCAUGCCCCUCCCUCACUUUAAUUACAGUCAAUGCAACGAGUGAGGCGUUACACUUUGUGGACACCAAACACACUGUCCAAAAGCUUGGAGAUAGAUUAAGCACGGGUGUUGGAGGAAAGACUUGUGUAUCAAAGCUAAAAGUAGAUAAACAGAUCCACCAGAGAUUUGCAGGGUUUGUUCAAGAUGUCCUCUGGAGCCGAGGGUCCACAGAACAACGGGAGGAUAGCAGAGUUAGUUCAGAAUCCUUUCUACUGUGUGCAUGAGCCUGUACCUGCUGAGCCCCCUCUCUGGACUUACUACAAUAAACCUAUAAUUCUUUCAGUUAUUGGAGGGCUGGUAUUAUGCGGAGGCAUCGUGUUGUGUCUGCUGGUUGAGUUCGGCGUGGCUGAUGUGCCCAGUGGCAUGGGACCUGUCGGUCUGGCUGUUGGCAUCAUGUUCAUCGCAGUUGCACUUGUGUUGUUACCGAUCAUCAGGGAAAAACUGAGGCGCAGAGGAGUGAAGACGCGCCGCGCGCUUCAUAGGGAACAAGUGUGACCGAGUGAAAUGGUGACGAUCGACGUUCAUCCGGUGACCAGCAAUUAUUUACUUGUGAAGCAGAAAAUGUAUAUACAGGAUAGAGACGUAAAGCACAGAGAGGUUAAUAUAUAUCAUGUUGAAAUGUGUAAAAUGUCAGAUAAGCAGAACAUUUUGUUUCAUAAUGUGUGAAGUUUUUAGUUUAUUACAUUUUAUUUAUGUUCAGUGUAACUAAAUUUGAGACUGUAGCCUGUACAUAUUGUUUAAAUAGAGGUGGAACAAGUUUUUUCAGUCUUUUCGUUUCGUCCAUAAAGAACGACUGACCAUCUAAAAGAUCUUAUUCCAUGGUUUUCAGUAAUAUAAAUUUUUCUUAAAGAAGUGGUCGAGUGGAUUUUUUUUGUUUUCAGACCCUGAUAUGAGCAUCUUUAACCACGCUUCUAAGUGUGCAUACAUCAUCAUCUGCUAAAAUGUAUCCAUUAAAAUAUGACUGCUUCGCCUGGUGGAAGAUGAUACCAUAAGGCAAGAUAAAGGUGUAAUUCGUUGAGUCGAUCCUUGCCGAAGGCUUAUCCCUUACAAUGUACUUUGACCCUUUUACAGAACGCAUUUCCCUCAGAGUGACUGCACGGUGUACCGUUAACACCUGUGUCACUCGUAGCAGAAAUAUAUAUUUAGUGGAGAAAAAAAAAACACAUCGUGGUAGACAUGGAGAAAAGUGGUCAGGGAGUGGGUCGGUGCAAGUUCUCGUUUUGGUUUGCUGUAUUUCAUGACAUACUAGGACUCCUGAUCCUCAUGUCUGGUGUGUUCUGGGAUAUCUUUUUCAACGACCUUCUGAUCUACUCUGGAGCCGUGGUCAUUUUCCUCAGCCUUAUCUGGUGGGUGUUUUGGUACACUGGGAACAUCGAGGUGCCUCCUGCAGAACUGGAGGAUGACAUCGCUUUGUAUAAAAGGACCAAGGGAAUUUCUGGAGUGGUGCGCAAAGUCUCGGCUCGUCUCUCCAACGGACUUGGUUCUUUCAGGAGAAGCGGGAGAGGCAGUGCUGUCAGGGGAACCUCCCAACAAAAUGCCAGCAACAGCUCAAACAUCUGCAUGAUCUCCUAUGCAAACACGCAGCCACUGGGACCAUCUAACUCCCUGAACAGGGAACCGUUAUCCAUAUGAUCCACAGCAGUGUGAAGAAGGCAACCUCUGGACAGCUGUGCCAUGUCGAGCAAGCACAUGACUGGAAUAUGUUGGAAAUAUAUUUGUAAUUUUAUGACUUUUUUUUUGUUUCAUAUUUAUAAUACUGUAUAAAUGUUCUAUUUAACACAAUAUUGUCUGGAAUAUUUUUGUUAUAUGAUAAAGCGCAUAGCACAUGAAAUAAAAUAUAAACGUGAAACUUCAAUUUCAACAAACAUAAGUUUAAUUAUGGUAAAUCUAUCCCUUUAACAAAAAACCCCUGACAUGAAUCAUAUUUUGUUUUCAUUAACACAAGUAAGACGAAUUAUGCUCAAAAGUUCACAUUUCCCUUUUUCCUUAUCUAGCUUUUGCAUUUUCACAUGUCAGAUUAGCCACACCUUUAACUGCUUCACCUGAUUGCUUACUCUUUCUUCUCAUAUCUGUACUGUUCCUAUUCAAAUCAAGAACAAUGACUGAGACGGUCAUGACAAAAUGGCUUUAUGUAUUUUUAAAAAAAUCCUAAUUCUAUUUCUUGUACAAUAUAUGGUAAUGUUAAUCUAAUGUAAAAAAAAAUAGGUUAUGCAAACUAAGCUGUAUUGUAAUAUAACAUCAGCAUUGCAGUUAGCUGGGAAAAAAGAAUAGUUUAACAGAACUAUGAGUAUGAAUACUUAUGAUUGACAGACACUUUUGAGAUGUACUCUGGAAAACACAAUAUUGUGUUUUUUAAACUGUUUAUAGGAACAAGACAAUUUUUGUCAGCUGAAUACAAUUUAAAGGACAUUUUUUCUGCUAAAACAAAAUAUCUUAAAAUAAAACAGUGUUGAUGUCACUUAAAGAAACAAUCUGUGACCCUUCUUAAAUCC